UAUUUAGUUAGCUGCUUAGUAGCGUAGUUAAAAGUUGAUUUCAGCUGCGGGAGAUUAUUUUGUUGUGUUUGAGAGGGUACCGGAUGAAAAAAAGUGGAGAAUCUUCAUCAUGACUGAGGUCGAUAAGGUGAUCCCAGUGCGGGUCGCCUUGCGAUGUCGUCCGCUGGUUCCUAAGGAAAUCGAUGAGGGGUGUCAGAGCUGUCUGACCUUCGUGCCUGGAGAACCACAGGUUAUUGUUGGAGCAGAGAAGGCGUUCACAUACGAUUAUGUGUUUGACCCUGCUGCUGAACAAGAAGAAGUCUUCAAUGCGGCAGUGUCCCCCUUGUUAUCUGGGCUUUUCAAAGGUUAUCACGCCACAGUUCUUGCGUAUGGACAGACGGGAUCUGGGAAGACCUUCUCCAUGGGAGGAACGUACACAUCAGCUCAAGAGAGCGAUCCUUCAGUCGGCGUUAUUCCUCGAGUCAUCAGAAGAAUCUUUGAAGAAAAGGAGAAAAGUGCUGACUGUGAAUUCUGUCUGGAGGUGUCUUACUUGGAGAUCUAUAAUGAAGAUAUAUUGGACUUACUAUGUACAUCUAAAGAGAAACCUGCACUCAGCAUCCGGGAAGACCCUAAAGACGGCAUCAAGAUUGUGGGGUUGACUGAUAAGCAGGUCUUCACUGCCCAGGAGAUGGUGAGCUGUCUAGAAUUGGGAAACUCUGCUCGCACCGUGGGCUCCACCGCCAUGAAUAUUGCGUCUUCUCGCUCACACGCCAUCUUCACCAUCACGUUGGAGCAGCGCAGAGGGGCCGACAAAAUCAAUUCAGUAAUUUCAAAAUUUCACCUUGUUGACCUGGCUGGUUCAGAGCGCCAGAAGAAAACCAAGGCAGAAGGCGAUCGCUUAAAAGAAGGUAUCAGCAUCAACAGAGGCCUUUUGGCUUUGGGUAAUGUGAUCAGUGCCUUAGGCGAUGAAAGCAAGAAAAAUGCUUUUGUACCUUACAGAGACUCCAAACUUACCCGACUGCUGCAAGAUUCUUUGGGAGGCAACAGCCACACAUUGAUGAUCGCAUGCGUCAGUCCCGCAGACUCCAACAUGGAGGAAACGAUCAACACGCUGCGAUAUGCUGACAGAGCUCGCAAAAUUAAAAACAAGCCCAUCAUCAAUAUUGAUCCCACUGUUGCAGAAAUGAAGCGUUUGAAACAACAGGUCCAGGAGCUACAGGUGAUGUUGCUUCAUGCCCGUGGAGGUGUAGCGCCAGCCCUUUCUGGUCCGGAGCCAGCUGAGAGCGUGACGAAGCUUGUGGAGAUGAACCGGAUGCUGCAGGAUGAGAACAGUAAGCUGAGCAGAGAGCUGAGUGAGGCGGCCGGACAGACCGCCUUCAUGUGUGAGAAGAUCAUCGCGGCAGAGCAAGUCAACGAGAAACUUCAAAGCAAACUGGAGCAACUGCGAGCGCAUGCAGCAUGUACAGUGGAUCUGAAGAAAGUGUUGGACACAUUAGAGGACCAGGAUUUAAAGGACAAAGUUGAGUUGAUGCAGAACCUGCAAGAACUCAUCUUAGAGCAUAAGAAUGAGAGCACUGGCAUCGCUGCUUCCAUUGACGCUCUGAUGGCUGGAGAGGACGCCACCGCUGACAGCAGUGGGACAAAUUCAACAGAUGACACUCCAGUGGAUGUCACAGGCUUCACUGGCAAAGACUUGCCAGAGGGCCUUGCAACCCAUCAUGCACUACGUCAGGCCCAGCUCUCCAAGGAGCUUUUUGAACUGAACAAAGUGUUGCUUUUGAAGGAGGCCUUUAUGAAAAAAAUGUGCGACAACAAUAGUCAGCUGGAACCAAUGCAGACAGAGCACCAAAAAAACAUUCAGUCUCUUCAGACUGCCUUGGACUCCCUGCUGAAGGAGAAAGAGGAGCUCGUUCUGGCACUUCAGUCUGCAAAAAAAGACAACAAUCAGGCAAAGGUGAGUGAACAGCGCAGGAAGAGGCUGCUGGAGCUUGAGGGCCAACUUGUCGAAAUGAAGAAGAAGCUGUCGGAACAGUCCAGACUUCUGAAACUCAGAGAGUCCUCUGUGCAAAACGUGAACAAGCUGACGCAGGAGAUUCAGGCUAUGAAGUCUCAGCGCACACAGCUGAUGAGGCAGAUGAAAGAGGACUCUGAGAAAUUUAGAGUCUGGAAGAGCAAAAAGGACAGGGAAGUCCUUCAGCUGAAGGAGAAGGAUCGUAAGCGCCAGUACGAGCUUCUGAAGAUGGAGAGGGACUUCCAGAAGCAGGCCAACGUUCUGCGUCGCAAAACUGAGGAGGCGGCGGCUGCAAACAAGCGGCUCAAAGACGCCCUGCAGAAGAGAAGCGAAGGAGCCAAGAAACGCAAAGAGCCCCUGAACAGAGGGAUGGACGGGGCUGCUGCGAGGGUGAAGGCCUGGUUACUGAAUGAAGUGGAGGUGAUGGUGAGCACAGAGGAAGCCCAGCGCCACCUGAAGGAUCUUCUGGAGGACCGAAAGAUUCUGGCACAAGAGAUCAGCCAGCUCAAACAGCAGAUCGAGGUGGGGGAUCGACCCGUCCCCAAAAUAAGGCGCCGGACACUAAUAAUGUCUGAACUGACCAUUCAAAGGGUGCUGGAGACGUCCCUGUCCAAGCAGCUGGAGAACAUGGAGACAGAAAUGGACCUCAGGAACGCUCAGAUCGCUGACCUUCAGCAGAAAGUUGUCAUGGCAGAGAGUGAAGGGCGCUUCAAGCAACGCUUGGACAGCUUCACCAGCAUCGUGGACGCUAAGUGUGCCCUGAAACUCCUGAUGAGUGAGGUGGUGUCUGCCAAAACUGCCAGUGCCACCCUGGAAAGUGAUCUCAAAUACGAGAAAGGCAAUGUGCAAGACCUGAGGAAGAUGCUGUCUGAGGAGAGGAGUGUGAUGUCCACCAUGGACGUGGAGCACCAGCAGCAGCUGGUGGAACUGGAGCAGAAACAUCAGGAUGAGGUCCAUUACCUCCUGAACCAGCUUCAGAACAAACCCAUAUGUGGCGCGUCCAACGAAAUGCAGCAGAAAGACGAGGAGUCAUCGAAGGAGAAGGAGGAGCUCCUACAGCGCCUGAAAGUCCAGGAGAAAGAGCUGGAGAAGCUCCAGGAGUUAAGGGAGCAGAACGAGCAGUACAGACAGAAACUGAUGCUGCUUCAGCGGACAAGCGGGAAAAAAGUUCUUGUCCCCACAUCCAGCAAUGAAAAAACCACAGACGAUUCAUUUGAGUACAUUCCUCCGAAGUUCCAGCCUAAAGGGCGAAGAUUCACCACAGCGAAGGCACCGCUGAAUACGACCAUCAACAUAGAAGAAAUAAUGUCUCCCAGUGAUGACGACGAUGAGGAGGAAGAGGAGGAGGAGUGGCAUCCUGAGAAAAAUGAAAAGGGACGCAGAAAUUCAAGGACGUCCAAAGCGUGUGGGUGUGCGUGUAAAGGUCGCUGCAGCAACAAGCUAUGCCCGUGCCGCAAAGGGAAGGCGGCGUGUGGAGAGAACUGCAAGUGCAAUCGGGAAAAGUGUCGAAACCAGGAGCUCGCCGAGGAUGGAAUGCAGACAGGAGGUGCUGCCAGACACUCUGUGUUCCAUCAAGACCCGGAUUCCACUUCCAUGAUUCCUGAGAACAGCACAUUCUUUAAUCCACCAUCUUGUACACCCACCAAGAAAGUGCUGAAGGAAAUUGGAGACAUGGGAGGUCCCACUGCACACCUGAAUUUGGUCAAGAAACCCGUCUUCACCCUGGAGGCAGAGGAAGAUGAGGACAAAACCGCCAGCUUCCUCAAAAAGAAAAAACGAUUCUUGAGCAGUUGCCACAACAGUUUUUUCUCCGGCUGCACACCAAUCGAUGAGGAAACGUAACAAAUGUCCAUCGACCUUCUAGCUCCUGCCUGUCUGAUUUGUUUUUUGUUUUAUGUGAAUUGGAACCAGGUGAUCAAGCAAUCUGUGAAUACUGUCAUUUCAGUUUUUCCAUCCUAUUUUACACUGUCUGUUCAAUAAACAAAUAAAUUAAUAAAUAGGCUUCACAUCUGAUUUUUAUUUUGAUUUCUAACAAAUAACAAACAUUAAGCGCUUUUUUUUUUUUCUCUCAUAAUGAAAGUGAGCAGCUCGGCCUGCACUUCAGCAACACCUAAUACACCUGCUCCUACUUUCUAUAAAGCAGAGACAUUUAUAUAAAGGUCCACUCAGGUCUGUGCUAUAUUACACCGGCACAAUAAACUUUGUUUUUGUAUCAGAUUUAACCAGCCUUUAACAUGCACUUUCAGUUUGGUGACUUAUGAAAUGAACAUUUAUUGUUUGUAUGUUAUUAAUAAAUUUGAUGGACUCAGU